GUAUUGGCGCCUGAUCCGAAUUUUGCCAUGGCAAGCAGCACACAUUUUCUUCAGGAAAUGUACUGGUCUAGUUUAUUAUUAUUGUUGUGUGUGUGUGUGUGUGUCUGUCUUAUUAUUUCUGUGUCUGUGUUAUUAUUUCAGACAUCAGAUAUUUCUCAUCUAUAUUAAAUGUUUUCUACACAUUUGAUCAUUUUAGAAAAUGUCUGAAGGAUUUUCACACGCACCCCUGCUCUCAUCAGACAGAACCUCGAUUGGGAAACACUGGGUUAGUUACUCGUCUGACCAAUGUGUUUAACUUACUCUCCAUCAUCACCUUUAUUCUGAGUAACAUUCAUUAUUCACACAAAAACUACUUACACACCAAUCCUCACUAAUAUCAGGAUACUCGCUCUCAUUAAGGGAAAACCAGAAAAAAUACAUUUCUGCAGAUAUUUAAGUAAACUUACUCAGCGUAUGAGUUCUGCUUCUUUAUCUAAUGAUCUGCUGAGUGUUUCUACUUCCUGUUAUUUUAUUUUAGUUUAUAUAUUUGUAUAGAGCUCUGACAGUUGUUCGUGCACAGCUGAAUGAAGUCACGAGAUAAUAAAUGAAGGUAAUGAAAUGAUAAUGUGUGUGAUGUAGAUUUUACCAGACUGUUAAUUCUGUUCUCUGUAUUUGCAGCGUUUUCAGGCUUAUACUUUCAGUAUUUACAGGCCUUUGCUCGAUGGAUCAGAAAGCUGUCUGAAAACAAACCAUAUCUGUGUGUGUGUGUGUGUUUAUUACCCUACCUCACUGCCCCUCCCCCUCUGCAGAAUAAACGGUUAGAAGGAAGUGAAAGUGAAAGUCAGUCUCCAUUUUGUGUCGAGGGGAAAAUACAGCAUUUCAGGAGUAAAAACACAGGUUUGAUUUAACACACCGAUGUUGGAGUGAAGUAAACGUGUGUCCUGCUGUAAUCUGGAGAAGGAGACAUGACCUCCAACAUGAGUGUGUCUGGAGAACAGGACUUAAACAAAGACGAGAGAAUGAUGGAGGGAAAGAGAUCAGACUCACCAGAACCCAGCUGUGUGUCCAUGAAGAGUGACAAGUCAAUGGAUCUUCCAUUUACCUUCAGAGACGGAGCCAGUUCUCCUGAUGUGAGACCACAACAGAAGAAAUCAAACCUCAGCAGAAAUCAGCUGGACUCCAUAUUCAAGGAGCUGGAACACAAAGUCAUCACCCUGAUAAAGAAUGAACUGAAGAGGUUUAGGAAGCUCCUGAGUCCAGAUUACCCAGCAUGCACUGAGAGGGAGGUGGAGGAUGAGGAGGAUCUGCACAGUGUCAGAGACGGAGCGCUGAAGAUCACACUGCACGUCCUGAAGAACAUGAACCACACAGAUCUCGCUAACACACUGCACAGCAAGUCUGUGGCCUCUGUGUAUCAGCCAAAGCUGAAAUCCAGCCUGAGAGAGAAGUUUAAAAGAAUUAAUGAAGGAAUCUCACAGCAUGGAAGCUCAGCACUUCUGAAUGAGAUCUACACAGAGCUCUACAUCACAGAGGGUUGGAGUGGAGACGUCAAUAAUGAACAUGAAGUGAGACAGAUUGAGACAGCGUCCAGGAGACCAGCAACACAGGAGACACCCAUCAAAUGUAAUGAUGUCUUUAAAGACAAGUCCAUCAGAAGAGUGCUGACUAAAGGAGUUGCUGGAAUUGGAAAAACAGUCUCUGUGCAGAAGUUCAUUCUGGACUGGGCUGAAGGAAAAGCAAAUGAGGACGUCACCUUCAUGUUUCCACUUCCCUUUAGAGAGCUGAAUCUGAUGAAGCAGAAACAUCUCAGUCUGAUGGAUCAUCUUCAUCACUUUUUCCCUGAAAUGAGAAAACUAGAAGUAAUAGACUGUGACUCCUACAAAGUGGUGUUGAUCUUUGAUGGUCUGGAUGAGUGUCGACUUCCUCUAAAUUUCCAGAAGAAUGAGAGAUUGUGUGAUGUGACAGAGUCAGCCUCAGUGGAUGUGCUGCUGACGAACCUCAUCAAGGGGAAUCUGUUUCCCUCUGCUCUCCUCUGGAUAACCUCUCGACCAGGAGCAGCCAAUCAGAUCCCUCCUGAGUGUGUAGACCAGGUAACAGAGGUACGAGGGUUCAGUGAUCCUCAGAAAGAGGAGUACUUCAGGAAGAGGAUCAGUGAUCAGAGCCUGGCCAAUAAAAUCAUCAGACACAUGAAGUCUUCAAGAAGCCUCUACAUCAUGUGCCACAUCCCAGUCUUCUGCUGGAUCUCAGCCACUGUUCUAGAGAGAAUGUUGGGUGAAGCAGAGAGUGGACAGAUCCCCAAGACUCUGACUCAAAUGUUCACACACUUCCUGAUCUUUCAGAUCAAACACAAGGACCAAAAGUACCAUCAGAAAUGUGACCCUGAUCCUCAGCAGACCAGAGAGAGUAUCCUGGCACUGGGAAAACUGGCUUUCCAACAGCUGGAGAAAGGAAACCUGAUCUUCUAUGAGGAAGACCUGAGAGAGUGUGGCAUUGAUGUGAGAGAAGUGUCAGUGUACUCAGGAGUGUGUACCCAAAUCUUCAGAGAGGAGUUUGGGCUUCACCUGGGGAAGGUGUUCAGCUUUGUACAUCUGAGUGUUCAGGAGUUUCUGGCUGCUUUAUAUGCAUUUUUCUGCUUUAUUUUUAGAAAGACAAAUGUGUUAGUGGAACAAAGCACUGGACGUUUUAAUCUCUUCAGAAAGUCAGACAUGUCUGAUCUCCUCAGGAGCGCAGUGAACAAGGCCUUACAGAGUGAGAACGGACACCUGGACCUGUUCCUCCGCUUCCUUCUGGGUCUCUCACUGGAGUCCAAUCAGACUCUCUUAAGAGACCUACUGCCCCAGACAGGAAGCAGCUCUCACAGCAAACAGAAAACAGUCAAGUACAUCAAGGAGAAGAUCAGGGAGAAUCCAUCUCCAGAGAAAUCCAUCAAUCUGUUCCACUGUCUGAAUGAACUGAAUGAUCAUUCUCUAGUGCAGGAAGUACAGACUUACCUGAACAGAGGAGGUCUCAGUCGUCUCAGGGGAACCAGACUCUCUCCUGCUCAGUGGUCAGCUCUGGUGUUUGUGUUACUGAACUCAGAUCAGGAGCUGGAUGAGUUUGAUUUGAUUAAAUAUGACCCAUCAGAGGAAUGUCUUCUGAAGCUGCUGCCAGUGGUCAAAGCCUCCAGAAGAGCUGUGCUGUGGGAGUGUAAACUGACAGAGGAAAGCUGUAGAGUUCUGUCCUCAGUUCUCAGAUCAAACUCCUCCAGACUGAGAGAACUGGACCUGAGUCACAAUAACCUGCAGGAUUCAGGAGUGAAGCUGCUCUCUGCUGGACUGGAGAAUCCACACUGUACACUGGAGAUACUGAGGCUGUGGGGGUGUGAUCUGACAGAGGAAAGCUGUAGAGUUCUGUCCUCAGUUCUCAGAUCAAACUCCUCCAGACUGAGAGAACUGGACCUGAGGGACAAUAACCUGCAGGAUUCAGGAGUGAAGCUGCUCUCUGCUGGACUGGAGAAUCCACACUGUACACUGGAGAUACUGAGUCUGUGGGGGUGUAAACUGACAGAGGAAAGCUGUAGAGUUCUGUCCUCAGUUCUCAGAUCAAACUCCUCCAGACUGAGAGAACUGAACCUGAGUCACAAUAACCUGCAGGAUUCAGGAGUGAAGCUGCUCUCUGCUGGACUGGAGAAUCCACACUGUACACUGGAGACACUGAGGUACACACACACACACACACACUCACACACACACACUGUACACUGGAGAUACUGAGGUACACACACACACACACACACACACUGUACACUGGAGAUACUGAGGUACACACACACACACACACACACACACACACACACACUGUACACUGGAGAAACUGAGGUACACACACACACACACACACACUGUACACUGGAGAAACUGAGGUACACACACACACACACACACACACACACACACCCCACACACUCACACACACACUGUACACUGGAGAUACUGAGGCACACACACACACACACACACACACUGUACACUGGAGAAACUGAGGUACACACACACACACACACACACACACACACACUGUACACUGGAGAUACUGAGGUACACACACACACACACACACACACACACACACACACACACACACACACACUGUACACUGGAGAUACUGAGGUACACACACACACACACACACACACUGUACACUGGAGAUACUGAGGUACACACACACACACACACACACACACUGUACACUGGAGAUACUGAGGUACGCGCGCAC